AAUAUUAUUACUGUCUGUGUAAAGUAAGGCCUUUUUGAUUAUACCACUAUCUGCAAUACUCCUCCUGCCCCAAGGCCAAAUAUCAGCUAAAAAGAUUCUUUGACUGGCUUUUACCUGCUGGGCUUUGCUCAACACCACCCUGUCACCGUCAUCAUGGAGCUUGUGUAUUCUUAACCUGUAAAGGCAUAGUGGUAGCUUUCCUACAACCCAGUUUGCUGCUGUGGCAUAACAGACGUUAGAAAAGGACAGGACAAGUCAACAGACUGGACAAUUAAAUCAAAGUGAUUAAUCUUUACUGAUGAUGUAAAAAAAGGUUUUAGUAAUAUCUAUUAUGUAAUUUCAAUUAAAAUCUUACAGAAAUAUAUUAGAUACUGAAUGUUCAGAUUUGAUAAAUCAUAAAUUAAUUAGUUUUCUGAAGCCCCUGUCUGAUUAAAUGCUGAUUAAAGACAAGUAACUGGUUGUCCACUCAUUCAGACCAAAGCAACAGUCAAUAUUAUAUUUUAGGCUAUAAAUUGUUAUCAUGCUGAGAUUAAAUAAAUAUUUUGGAUCUCAUAGUUAUGUUAUAUAUUUUUCCUGUAUUUUUCUAUGCAAUUUCAUAAUAUCUUUAGCAAUUUGAGUCUCCACAGAACACAAGCAGAUGUCCACCACUCCAGCUGGUGCCACCUCUGUCCAUGCAGUCAUCAGCCCUGGCUCUGUCUGUGAGACAGCUGGUCACUGUUCUCUCACUAGCAGCCUGUAACCACGUGCAUGUCAACCUCUUGAAAUGGGAUGGACUGUGGUUUAUUUGUGCCUUCACAGCAAGGCACGCCAUUUGGUGCGUGUGGGUAUAAAUUCAUGACCCAGUCCUGGGAAAUGUUUAAUUAAUCCAACAGGCUACUAAUUUAACAUUUAAUUUGAACUAAUAAGACUCACUGUACUAGAAACCAAGCAACAGGCUUCUGGGAGAAGAAAGGGAAAGAAGAACGGGACAAAAAGGUCUCAGGACUACAAUGAACAUUCAGUCUGCCAUCAACAAAGAGGUCUUCAUCCCUCACGAUGAGCGGUUGCUGGUGGCAGUGGAGGUGCAGAGGAGGAAAAGGAAGAGAAUGUCCUUGCUACUUACUGGAGCCAAAGGAGACUACAUCACAUUCAUCUGUAUUUCAGUGACGAAGAGAAGGCCUCAUCAGCUCCUCAUUACAAAGGUGAAGCAAUUUGGUGGCUCCUCUUCUUUCACCAGGAGGUCUCAGUGGACGGUGGAGCAACUUAAACAAGUCAACGGCAUCAACCCCAACAAGGACAGCCCAGAGUUUGACUUGGUGUUUGACAAUACUGUGGACCAGUGGGUCGCCAGUUCAUCAGCAGAAAAGUGUAUCUUUGUCCAGAUCCUGUACCAUGCCUGCCAGACCUAUUGGGAGGGGAAAGCGGGCAGUCUGGGAAAGGCAGGGAAGCUGGACAAAGUGUGUCACCGGAGAACAGAAAGUCUGUCAGAUCACCAUGAGUUGGGAGCUAAUCCCAGCGUCCCCUCACCAAGCUCUGUAUCCAGAACCCUGCAGGCCCGACGAAAGAGCCAUGUUCCACCCAGACAGACAGAGUUCAUCAACUGUCAGUCCAAGCUCACUGGAGAUGCCUGCACUAUGAAUCUGGUCAUCUACCGCUGCAAAGCCUUCUUGAAUCGUAUGAAGAAUAUGAUGGUUGCAAACCAAUCAUCAACAUAUCGAGGCCAACCUGGACAGAAGAGCACUAUGGAUAAUGUAGUUAAGAGAAUGAAUGUGUCUCUGGGAGAGCGUGGAGACAGACUGACUCGUGCUGAGGACAAGACUGUGGUGCUGAUGCACAAAGCCCAGCAGUUGGCAGAUACUGCUCACAAGCUGGCCCUGAAGUAUUCGAAGUAGAGCCUGAUAGAGAAACAAUGGAGUUCUUCAUGAAUUCUGUAACACAGACACUAAGACGGUGUGAUGCAGUCUGGGAAAGUCGAUGCAGCUAACUCCUCAUGAAAGCCUGUUUAUUAGAAGACAACUUGAGAAGAGCAACUCUCAGGCUUUCGACUGUCACUAAAUUGUUUCUUUUAUAUAACUCCAAAAGAACUGGAACUCUAUGUAAAACACAAAUAAAACAGAAUUUUAUCAUUUGCUAACUGUUCUUGACAUAUGAAACCAGUACAAAGACAAUAUAUUUAAUGUUCUACCUCAUCAACUUCAUUGAAAGAAUUUGAUGUCAGCAACACAUUUCAAACCAGUUGGGACAGGGGGCAACAAAAGACUAGGAAAGCUGUGAGAUGUUCAUAAAACACUUGUUUGGAACAUUCCACAAGUAAACGGGUUCAUUGGUAACAGUUAAUAGUGUCAGGAUAGGAUACGAAAGGAGCAUCAUCGAAAUGCUCAGUUGUUCACAAUCAUGUGUUUCAAUAAUGUGAAACACAUGGUUGUAUGUAGGAUACUACCACAAGUUCAAGAACACUUUGUCAGGAAAUACAUACAAUUCCUUCACAAAUGACUGCAUUCUGUUUUUAUUCACAUUUUACACAAUGUCCCAACUUUUUUGGAUCAGAGAUAACCAAAUAGUUGUGAUUUUCCAUCUCUGUUACAGUUUGAGGAUCAUGUCCACUGUGUUCAGUUUGAAUG